CCUCAUUCGACCAUUUACUUUUACUUUUCUGUUAUAUCAUAUGUAAUGGAAAUGUCCGGCUCUGACAUAAAAGUCGCGACAUUUGGUUGGCUGUCACUCGGAAUCCCCACUUCUCAGGCCCCAAGCCGUGCUCUCACCUCUCAUGGCUAAGCGUAUUGUUACCCAAGAUUUGAAGCUGCGAUAUGCUGUCAUUCGAGGCAAAGAACUCGACCAUGUGAAGGCCAUUGCCGACGCUGUCAACAUUGAAAUCCAAGAACUGUUUCCUCUUCCAGAGGGGACCCUUACUAGAGACGACGACAUCCAGGAAUUGCUAGACAAUGUUGAUCAGGCACUGAAAACUAUCACGCAGAUCAAGGAACAGAGGGCAUCUCCGGCUACCCGUGAGCAGUGGUAUAGUAUGGUAGCCAGUCGUUUUAGAGUCCUUCUUGCCACACCACUGGCACAGGAACUCGACGACAUCUAUCGGGAUUUGAAAGAGUCACAGUUGAAUGCCAGGAACGAAUCUGAACGGAGAAUCGCCGAGAAUUCUCAGGCUCAGGCAGUCAACAAUUACUCCUCCGCACCUUCCGCCUCUCCGUCGACCCAACAGUCUACAAUUGUUAACUCUGGAGGAAAUGUGUUCGGCAAUAUUUCCAGUAAAAGCAGAUCAAUGCUAUCGCUUCCGAAGAUCAGCAAUAGAUCUACCAGUCGUAAACUUCCUAUCAGUUCGCAGCAAGAUUUACCUACUCUAUCCUUCCCUCAAUACAAUGUCGGACAAGGCCAAUACUCUGCGCCGAAUUUGCCACAGAAUGCAUAUAUGGCUGAACACAACACCGGUUGGCAAGGAUACCCUUCUGAAAUCCUGACAAACCUCCCCAAGCCCGGAUUCCCAGGGCAGAUCGUUUCCUGGGAGGAAUACAACAACCCACCGGAACUUCCUCCCCGCCGUGCCUCCGAGGAGAAUGAACUAUCGGCUCCCUUUCGUGCCGCAUCGCAGGCAUUCCGGAGUAUCCCGUGUUUGCCGGCCGUGAGACCAGGGCUCGUGGGUUCGAUCCCUGCUGCUGGAACCUCUGGAAAUUCUGGAAAUUACAACGGGCCGUCCGGACCACACAAUGUCAUUAACACUGGAAACAGCAUAGCUGCUUCAGGCUACGUCCCUGGCCACGCUCAUCAGCCGUCGGUUGAUACUACUCAUACCACUCAUACCACUCAUACUACUAACACAUUUGGAGUCAGGAUCUCUCGGCACACAUCGAUGCACAAUAAUGUAUCUUCUUCGUCCUUGGGAUCGUCCGGUUCGCACCAGAGUUCUGAAAAAAGUGGAAAGAAGCAGCACGGUCGCCAAGCGAGCACGUCGACCAGCACAUACGGUCAGGCGUCUCGUGAAGGCCAGAGCUCCGGAGCGGGCUCCUCCGGGAGCAGCCUGCGCUCGCCAGGUGCCAGUUACUGAACAUCUAAUCAAAUUAUGCCGUGGCGGAAUCGAUAAUUUUUGAAUCUCUUUGUAGUGCAUUUGUGCUUUCCGUGUACGCGUCCACUUGCUAUCGCAUUGUAC